AUGGUAUACACCGGUCCAGGCGAUGUCACCCUCGGCAGAUCCAGAUCAAGAUCCCACUCUUCUCAUGGAUCGAGAACCCCGAGUCUCCACCAACCUGGAUUAUCCAGACGAUCUUCCUUGUCUGCUGGUCAUCCUCAAGGUCUCAAACAGGUAGAUACUUCCAAGAUCGGUGUACCCAUCGUCACCCCAAGAAAAGAACGACCUGGCCAUGUACGAUCUCUCACCGGUUCAUAUUUCCCCGCUCAAAAGGGUGUGGUCACAAUGGAAGAUGAAUGGCCGAUCGGAGAUGAGAAAACAUGGAAGACAGCGUUGAAAGAUAUGGAAUUCGAUCAUGAAGAUGAACAGAAGGUAGCCAAUACCGUUGUUAGACAUGUUACGACCAGUUUGGCUAGACAGGCUUAUAACAUCGAUGCUAUCGCUGCAUACCAAGCUACUGCGUUGUCUGUCAGAGACAGACUUCUUGAACGAUGGAACGAGACCGCUCUCCACCACACCAAGAAAGCCCCUAAGCGAAUCUACUAUCUCUCCAUCGAAUGGCUCAUUGGAAGAUCACUCGAUAACGCCGUUCUCAACUUGGGUAUGAGAAACACUUACGAGAAUGCUACCCAAAAGCUCGGCUUUAACUUCGAGGAUCUGCUCAAUGAGGAGAGAGAUGCUGGUUUGGGUAACGGUGGUCUUGGUCGACUUGCUGCUUGCUAUAUUGAUAGUAUGGCCACUCUCAACAUUCCUGGUUGGGGUUACGGUUUGAGAUACAAUUAUGGUAUCUUCAAGCAACUGAUCUCGAGCACCGGAGAACAGCUCGAAGCUCCCGAUCCAUGGCUCGACCGAGAGAACCCUUGGGAGAUCGCUCGUCUCGAUGUCGCUUAUCCGAUCCGAUUCUACGGGCGAGUCGAAAACAUCCCUAACUCUGACAAAGCUGUCUGGUCGGGUGGCAUGGAAUGUCUUGCUGUAGCCUAUGAUACCCCCAUUCCCGGAUUCAAUACCAAAAAUUGCGCCAACAUCCGACUUUGGAGUGCCAAACCUGUCCAAGGUUUCGACCUGAACUCUUUCAACGCUGGUAACUACGAGGCUUCCGUUGCUGCCAGUAGUGAAGUAGAGAACAUUACUCGAGUCCUCUACCCCAACGACAAUAUGUACGCCGGUAAGAAACUCCGUAUCAUGCAACAAUACCUGUGGGUUUCUGGAUCUCUUCAAGACAUCCUCAGAAGGUUCACCAAGCUUGAUCUCCCUUGGACCGCUCUUCCUGAUUACGUUUGUAUCCAAAUGAACGAUACUCACCCUACUCUCGCUAUCCCCGAACUUAUGAGAAUCUUGAUCGAUGAGGAAGAGUUAUCUUACGAGACCGCUUGGAAGAUCACCACCAAGGUGUUCGCCUAUACUAAUCACACUGUCCUUCCUGAGGCACUUGAAAGAUGGCAACUCGACCUAUUCGAGACUUUGUUACCUAGACACUUGCAAAUCAUUUACAGAAUCAACUACGAUUUCAUGCAAGCUGUUGCCAAACGAUGGCCUGGCGAUAUGGACCGAAUGAGGAGAAUGAGUAUCAUUGAAGAGGGAACACCCAAAUACGUCCGAAUGGCCUACCUUGCCAUUGUCGGAUCCUUCAAAGUCAACGGUGUUGCUGAGCUCCACAGUCAGCUCUUGCAAGCUACUAUCUUCAGAGACUUUGUUGAGUUCAAGGGCAGAGACUUCUUCACUAACGUUACCAAUGGUAUCACUCCUCGAAGAUGGCUACUUCAAUGUAACCCUCAACUUGCCGCACUCAUUACCCACACUCUGGGUAACGAUCACUGGCUUACCCACCUCAAGACUCUUAAGCAGCUCUUACCCAUGUCCGAAAACGAGGAAUUUAGAAAGGCUUUCACCAGCAUCAAGAUGGAGAACAAGCAAAGACUGGCUGAUCUUGUCGAAGCUGAACUUGGUAUCACCUUGGAUAUUGAGAGUAUCUUCAUGACUCAGAUUAAGCGACUUCACGAGUACAAGAGACAAACCUUGAACCUCUUCGCGGUCAUUUACCGAUACCUACGAAUCAAGAAAGCUUCUCCCGAAGAGCGAAAGAAAAUCACCAAACACACUGCUAUCUUCGCUGGAAAAGCUGCGCCUGGUUACUAUGUCGCUAAACUUGUUAUCAGACUUAUCAACAACGUCGCCAGAGUCGUCAAUAGCGAUCCCGAUGUUGGUGAUCUUCUCAAAGUCGUCUUCAUCCCAGACUACAGUGUAUCCAUCGCAGAAGUCCUUGUUCCAGCUUCGGACGUUUCCGUACAAAUCUCCACUGCUGGUACUGAAGCUUCCGGUACUUCCAACAUGAAGUUGGCUCUUAACGGUGCUCUCUUGCUUGGUACAGUUGACGGUGCUAAUGUCGAAAUUGCUGAAGAUGCAGGAGAAGAUCAAUCCUUCCUUUUCGGUCAUCUCACCGAACAAGUCGAAGGUGUUAGAUUCACAAACUCUUACCAACCUACACCCUUGGAACAACGAUCUUCGGAAUUGGCUGAAGUCUUCAAGGCUAUCGAGAGUGGUACGUUCGGUGAAGGUAACACCUAUGAACCUCUAUUGAAGACUGUCUACGAGCAUGAUUACUACCUUGUAUCUAACGAUUUCGGCUCGUAUCUCGCUGCCGAGAAACUCAUGGACGAAUGUUACGCCAAUAACAGGACUGAAUGGACCAAAAAAUCUAUCUUGACUGCGUUCAACAUGGGUGAUUUCUCCUCUGAUCGAUCCGUACAAGAUUACGCCGAUGGUAUUUGGAGUGUCGAACCUUGUGAAGUACCUAAUGGUGAUAACCUUUAG